UCACCAGACAAGAGUGAGAAAUUACUCCGGAAGAAGGCGUGUCCUUGAGUAUUUAAUCAACUGCACGCGGGAUCCUUCACCAUACGCUGCGUCUGAUGAGGACAAUCGAGACGCUCAACAUGACAACCCAAAAAGGAACAAACAUGACCCUUUCCGUGCCGCUUGAGGAGCAGUUUCAGUGCUGCAUCUGUCUGGACAUCUACACCGACCCUGCUUCCAUUCCUUGUGGACACAACUUUUGCCUGGACUGCAUCGACGGCUUCUGGGAUACUAAGACCAAAUAUGAGUGUCCGCUCUGCAAAGAGACAUUCAGAAAGCGUCCACAACUCAGGAUCAACCAUGGAUAUGCUGAAAUCAUUGAUAUCUAUAAAAGGUCUCAAGGGGAGGAUAUGGAUGAUGUGUCGCCACCGGGAAGCAGGAAAAAUUCCCGAAACCAACUUUUUGAGGCUGAUGAAGUUCCCUGUGACAUUUGCCACGGAGACAAGUCACCAUCGGUCAAGUCGUGCCAAACAUGCCAGGCGUCUUAUUGUGAGCUUCACCUCUUACCACACCUGAGGGAUCCAGCACUGCAGAGACACCAGCUGAUGGAUCCGGCCGCCUUCAUCGCCAGUCACCUCUGCCGAAAACACAACAGGCCACUGACAAUGUUCUGCAUGAAAGACCAGAAGCCUGUUUGUAUGAGAUGCACAGAGAGGGAGCACAAAAACCACAAGACCAUACCCAUAGAGAAGGAAAGCAAGAGGGUCAAGGCUUGUUUGAGGGAGUCGAAGGCCAGCAUUAAACAGAUGAUCCAUGCCAGACUGAGAAAGCAGGAGGAGAUAAAACAUUCAGUGAAUCAAGGCAAAAAAAUCACAGAUAGGGAGAUACAAAGCAGCGCUCAGGUCUGCAGCAUGCUGAUAACCGCCAUCAAGGGACACCAGGCCGAGUUGGUGGAGGAGCUGGUGGAGAGACAGCAAGAAGCUGAGAGGAGAGCCCUGGAGAUGUUUAAGGAGCUGCAGCAGGAAAUCCACGAUCUGCAGACGAGGGGCAGCGAGGUGCAGGAACUGGAGCGCUCUCAGAACCCUGUUCACCUCCUACAGAGUUUCAAGUCUCGGAGUCGACUCCCAUCCACUAGAGAGUGGUCUGAGGUCGUAGUCCACUCAGAUAACUGCAUUGGGACGGUGUCGAGAGCCGUCUCCAAGCUUGUGAACGUCUGCCAGGAUCUGGCGAACAAACUGUCUGCAGAGGAAACCGACAAGCUGAACCAAUAUGCAGUUGAUGUCACUCUGGAUCCUGAGACUGCUUCAGGCUGGCUGGUCCUGUCUCCAGACAGAAAGAAGGUGACCGUCAGCAGCCAGAAGAAUAAUGCCCCACUGCCAGACAAUCCUCAGAGGUUUAAUGCCUGUGUCUGCGUUUUGGGGAAACAAAGCUUCAUAUCUGGAAGACGCUACUGGGAGGUUCAGGUUGGAGAUAAAACAGAUUGGGAUCUGGGCGUGGCCAAGGAGACCAUCAACAGGAAGGGAGCCAUCACAGUGCGUCCUGACAGCGGUUACUGGGCCAUCUGCCGGCGUAAAGGCGGCAGUCUCAGUGCCUGCGCCGGUCCCUCCGUCACCCUCGAGCUCCAGAAAACACCCCAGAAAGUGGGCGUGUUCCUGGACUACGAGGAAAGAUUGGUGUCCUUCUACGACGCAGAAGCAAAGAUCCACAUCUACACUUACAGCGGGUGUGACUUCACCAAGUCCCUCUACCCGUACUUUAACCCCUGUGUUCAAGGUAAUGGGAAGAACACCGAACCACUGAUAAUCUGUCCUCUUGAGGAAAGAGUCCGGGAACAACAGGACAUAACCAUUGAGUCAGUUGUGUGAGGUGUCACAUCGUGUCAAGAAAGGAUGAUACUAACUGAUGUCAAAAUAUUUAAGUUUGUAUACUGUAUAUUAUAUUUAUUGUACUUGAGUAGUAUUUGACUACACUGACCUGCAACAGGCCAAAAUCCAUGAGUUGUUUUUGUUUUUAAUAACACAUGACGCAUACGCUUUUACUGCCUAAGAGAUGGCAGCAAGGCUUUCAUUAUUUCUGACAGCAUGAAUUGUUUUCUUAUCAUUCAAUUGAUACCAAACUCAUGUGUUUGUAAAAUAUAAAUGUAUAUAAAAUUCUUUAAAUGUUGUUGCAUGCACUGUGAAACGUUAUUCCAUAGCCUAAAUGAGCAAUGUGUAACUUAAGAUACAACAACGAUGUGAAACUGAAAAUAAAAGUUAAAAAAUUAAAAUUGGAAAUUGUGUCAAUUUGCAAAUUGUCCAUUUAAGAUCAGUUCAUUUGUUGUUGUUUUUAAGUUUAACAUUAAUUUCAAUUCUGCUUACGUAUUUUUAACUGUUCAUUUUAUAUGUUUAAUUUAUUUCUACUUUAUGAUAUUGCAAUUUGUAUGGGUUGCAUCACAAUGUUAAUAGAUGUUUCAACUGCAGCGUAUUUGUCUUAUUGGACUUUUAUUUAAGGAAAAUGUGUCGAGCAUGCAUUUUAUUUACUUAUUAUUUAAUUACUACUUAUUGCACGUGCAGUUUACAUGGUGUUUUGGCCUAUUUUGGCCAAUUUCUUCUUGCAAAUAAAUGUACACUCAGUGUUUAUAUUGAAUACAAUGUGUUGAAUAAAAGAUAUUUUUGGAACAUGA